AGAAUUUGAAUUAUCUAAUGUUUUCACUUGAGGUUGAUCAGAAUGAUGUAUUUUUAUAAAAUCUCUAUACAUCGGGUACCUGUCUUGCAACACUAUCGAAUAGAUCAAUGUGUCACUCGCUUGGUCUUACGUAUACGAAUGAAUAAUAUUGGCUAAUCAUUUCUGUUUACAUAGAUUUCCUAACGAGUGGCAGUUAACUUUCGGUUCACUCUGAGAUUGGAUACAUAGGGGCAGAAGGAGCGAAGACAAUGUCAAGGAUAAUGUUUGGGAUUAUGUUGGCCCUCGCUGUGGUCACCAAUACCAUGCUGGUCAAGGGAGAAGUUUACUAUCAACCACAGCAGAUUCAUCUCUCAUAUUCAACUGAGGCUGAUGGGAUGCAGGUUACAUGGGUGACAUUCAACGCCACCAUGGAGUCAAUAGUACAGUAUGAAACCGAAAAUGGUGGAGGGAUGAUGGAAGCAUCAGGUGGAACCACUGUCUUCAAAGAUGGUGGUCCUGAAGGCAGACUACUGUAUAUACACACAGUUACACUGAGAUCCCUAAAACCAGGAACAAAAUACAUGUAUCACUGUGGAAGUGACCUUGGAUGGAGCGCCAUCUAUUGGUUCAGAACUUCACCAGCUGGUAGUGAUUGGCCAGCGAGGUUUGCAGUCUAUGGUGAUAUGGGUAAUAAAAAUGCAGUCUCUAUGGGACGUCUUCAGGAGGAAACUCAGCUGGAACAUUUUGAUGCUAUUUUACAUGUGGGAGACUUUGCAUAUGAUAUGGACUCAGAUAAUGCUAGAGUUGGAGAUGAAUUCAUGCAACAGAUAGAAACCAUAGCUGCCUAUGUACCAUACAUGACCUGUGUGGGGAACCAUGAAGAGAAGUACAAUUUUUCAAACUACAAACAGAGGUUCAAGAUGCCUGGUGGAGAUGGAGAGAACCUUUGGUACAGCUUCAAUGUAGGACUGGCCCAUAUUGUUGCAAUAUCUACUGAGGUGUACUUUUAUACGAACUAUGGUACCAAGCAAAUCCAGGAGCAAUAUAAAUGGCUCCAGCGGGACUUAGAGGUGGCAGCAUCAGCUGAGAAUCGUAAGAUACGCCCCUGGAUCAUUGUGUUUGGUCACAAACCGAUGUACUGCUCAAACCCUGACAACACCUUAUGUGGAGACUAUAAAGACAAUAUUAUACGAAAUGGCUUGAAUGGAGAAAGUUUUGAGAAGUUGUUCUACAAGUAUGGUGUGGACCUUCAAUUUUAUGCUCAUGAACAUUCCUAUGAAAGACUUUUCCCAGUGUACAACACCAAGGUUUGCAAUGGGAGUAAGCAUGACCCAUACCUUAAUCCAGGGGCCCCAGUCCAUAUUAUCACAGGAUCUGCUGGUUGUCAAGAGGGUCAGACAGAGUUCCGGCCCAAUGUGUUUCCCUGGAGUGCCUUCCACACUAGGGACUAUGGCUACACCAGGAUGGAAGUCACCAACCACACACAUCUCCAUAUAGAGCAAGUCUCUGAUGAUAAGGGAGGUAAGGUUAUUGAUGCCAUCACAAUAGUGAAGGAACAGCAUGGCCUGGAGUCAUUCAACUGCCAUUGAGAUACAUGAAAAUUCCUGAAAGAACUUGCUCACAGCAUAUAGACUGA